UAAGUUCUGGUUUUGGCUUCAAGCCGACGGUGAGGCCGCUCAGAUCAUUUUGUGUUUGGGCGGCGGCAGCGUUUUCCCAACGCACGGGGAGACCCUGGGAAAGGGGAAGUAAGGUCGAAGCUUGAAUCCCCAAAGCAUCUGAAGGUGGGCUUGAGAGCCUGCUGUCUGUUUAGUCUGAGUCUCCUCAGCCAAGUACUACUCCACCAGUGACCGUGGACAGUAAAAAACUAAUAAAAGCCCGAACCCAAACCCUGCCACCAUCAUAGGUCUGUAAUUACUCUGGAAUCAGUAAGCCAUGGCGUCAAAGAAAUUUGCCGUUAAAUGUGGGAAUUUUGCUGUCCUGGUGGAUCUUCACAUACUGCCACAAGGUUCAAACAAAGAUAACAGCUGGUUUUCUGAACAGAAGAAAGAGGAAGUCUGUUUACUGUUAAAAGAAACCAUUGAUUCAAGAGUUAAGGAGUACUUGGAAGUUCGUAAACAGCACAGGCCAUCAAAUACAGAAUUCACAAGAUCCAGUCCCUUGACCUUAAAAGGUUAUGGCUUUCAAAUCACAGCCUAUUUCCUCAAGAGAGGGAUACGCCUUCACUGUUUCGGGGGUUCACAGAGGACUGAGCUCCGUGUAUUUCCUGACAGAUUUGUGGUCUGUGUAAGUCAGCUUUCAUUCAGUUGUGAUCUUUUGGCAAGUCAGAAUGAAGAAUUGACGGAAGGAGCUCUCCACGGAGCGUCUGAUUAUUUUGCUGAGUGUGCGGAGAGUUCACUUCCUCCCAGUGCAAGGCGCAAGAGAAACGCUCGGAAAGAAAUUGCAAAAAGAACUGAAACAAAAGACAGCGUUGUGAGCAAAUCAUGGAGCAGCAGGGACAUUGUGGGAACUUCUAGUGACCCAGUGAUGGCGGAGAUAACGAGGAGGAGGGGUGACAGUUGGGCUUCAACCAGUCCCCCAUCAGAGUCCACAGGACAAGCAGAAGAUUACAUAAAGGCAGCCAAGAGCCACUGGGGGCUUCCUGUUCAAAAGCUGGAAAAUGUUCAUCAGACCCAGCCAGAAGACACUAGCAGCCAGCAAAAACCUCAUUUCGGGGAGUGGUUAGAGACAGGGCUUCUAGGCAGGAGCCCUGUCUGUAGCUGUGAGUCAGCAUCACCAGGUCCAAAACAAAGUCCACAAGGGGCCAGAACACAACAGAAACGCAGGAACCGGGGCUCUGCAGAAGACAUCGACCACCACAAGAGAGUUUCUCUUGGAAGUGAUCGAUUAGUCCCAAGAGAAAUAAUAGUGGUUUUGCCAACCUCAGAGCUGUCAGAUCCGGGGUUACUUUUGAAACAAGGUUUGGCAAAAACGGCAUCUAAUGAAGAGUUGCAUGUUGGGGAAAAUCUCUCCUCCGGACAUCUUACAAAAAAUCAGCCAGGGCAGGCACAGCAAACCGGCUCAGCCACAAACACUGAAAGAUUAUCUGCAAUCCGGAGCAGCCCAACCAAGAAAAGAAAGAAGUACGAAAGAGGCCACUAACUUACUUAACGGGGAUUGCAGACUUGUAGUUGGGUAUAUAAUGGCUGAAGGUGCGGAAAGAGAGCGGUGUGUUUAGCUGUCCUGAUGUUAAAGGAAUUAGAGUGAUGAUUUUGUAUAGAAAGUAGAGCUCCGUGUGAGGGUUAAUUUUUAACGCAUUCAUCUGCAAGAGGCUAUGUGCUUUUUCUAACAACAUUGCUACUUUCUCAUCAUACUUUUUUGUCUUCAGAGCCAUUCACCUUGUCAAGGUUGACCCCAUUCUUGAACGAACUGCAUGAAGAAACCAGGCAUGUGCCUUUGUGACUCAUCACUGGGCAGACCAUACAAUGGGCCACAUGAAGACAGUGCUGUAUCUAGGGGUACAAUUUCUCCUCCUGUUCCUCAGCCUGAGUUGGGCAGAAGUGAAGGAACAGGUCCUCAAUAUCUGGUUCUGGGCCCAGCAUCACCGUCUGAAAAUGUGUUAGAAAUGCAGACCUUGGGCCCCACCCCAGAUCUACUGAAUGAGAAACUCUGGGCGAUUCUGAAACAUGCUCAAGUUUGAGAACCACUGGACUAAUUGGA